CUCCUCAUAACCGCACUUCGAUCUCUGGCGACAUUCUUUUUUUUUUCAUUUGCUCCUCAAUUUUCCCCCCUUCUAUCCUCUCUAGCUUAAUUAAAUUUGUCGGUCCUUCCCGACGCCCCAUCUCCCGCAGAUAGGACCGACUCGCCAUGUCUUCUCCUGCUUCUUCUCGCCGUAGGGGUCGUCCGGCCAGGGACUCGGCCACCGCUUCACCAGCUCGCUCAACACGUUCCCAACAGCAACCAUUAACAAGUAGCCCUUCUCAGUCCACUCCCCGCGCCUCCAGACGCAUAAGAGGCGAGGCCGCCGUCCCCUCUUCUUCCCCGAUGUUUUUCCAGUCUUCCCCAGUCAAGGGAAACAGCAGCAGCGCCGAGACCCCAGACGCCAGAAUGGAGGAACCCAGCUCUCCCAUCAGAGCCUCCUCUGCUAUGGAUGAGGGCGAAAUGACGCCCCGUGGAAAUGGUGCUGCCUUGAGAGAUUCCUCUCCGAUUCGAUACGUCUCCAGCUCGAGUCCGUCCCGUACCCCCCGACAAGUGGGACGCUCAGACAUUCCCAGCAGCAGCAGUGGUCUAUUCGUUUCGUCUCGACAAGGAUUGGACGCUCAUCGUGUCGCCUCUCGCCGUAGUGACAUUAAUUCCGGUGGUUUUGGGUCGACUCCAAGCCGCAGGCGCAGGGUGUUUGUGGACGCCAAUGGUAUUCCCGCGACUGAUGGGGAAAUUCAGUCAGAUGCAACAUUCUCCAAUAUCCACCCAGACACCUCAGAGGCAGAGGCCAUGGGCGGCAGCUCUACCCGUGUGAUCUGGGGUACCAACAUUUCCAUUCAAGACUCCAUGUCUGCGUUCAAAAACUUUCUCUACAACUUCACGACUAAGUACCGUCUCUGGGCUGAUGGAGCAACCGAGGACGAAACGCGCAUUAUGGGGCAGAUGGCCGAGGAAAAGGAGUAUAUCAAGAUGCUGAACACAAUGCGUCAACUUGGCGUCACCAGUCUGAAUCUUGAUGCAAAGAAUCUGAAAGCAUAUCCCUCAACUCUGAAGCUGUGGCACCAGCUUCAUGCAUACCCCCAGGAAAUCAUUCCUCUAAUGGAUCAAACGGUCAAGGAUGUUAUGGUCGAAUUGGCAAUCAAGGAGGUGGAGAGGCUCCGUUCUCAGAGCCAGCGAAGCCAAAACAGUCAGCGAGACCUGAGUUCCGCUCCUGUCAUUCCCAGCUCCGAUGCCCUGAGCGAGUCCGGCAGGAUGCCACAAUCUGAGAUCCCAGAUCUUGUGACCGAAGCCGAAACAAAGACUUUCAAGGUUCUGCCGUUUGGCCUUGACUCCACCAUCAAUAUGCGUGAUCUUGAUCCUGCUGAUAUGGAUAAGCUGGUGAGUAUCAAGGGCUUGGUCAUCCGGGCUACGCCAAUUAUUCCCGACAUGAAAGAAGCUUUCUUCCGCUGUGAAAGGUGCCACCACUCCGUUCAGGUGGAUAUUGAUCGUGGCAAGAUUGCAGAGCCCACCAUCUGCCCCCGUCCAGUAUGCAAUGAGAGAAAUUCGAUGCAAAUCGUUCACAACCGUUGCAUCUUCGCCGAUAAGCAGGUCAUCAAGCUACAGGAGACGCCUGACAGUAUCCCUGAUGGCCAAACACCUCAUUCGGUUUCACUGUGUGUUUAUGAUGAAUUGGUCGAUGUCUGCAAAGCCGGUGAUCGUGUUGAGGUAACAGGUAUCUUCCGGUGCAACCCUGUGCGGGUGAACCCUCGCCAGCGAACACAGAAGAGCCUUUUCAAGACUUACGUCGAUGUUUUGCAUGUUCAAAAGAUCGACCGCAAAAAAUUAGGCAUUGACGUCUCAACUGUCGAGCAGGAGUUGUCAGAGCAAGCCGCCGGUGAUGCUGAGCAGAUACGUAAAAUCACAGCCGAGGAGGAGGAAAGGAUUAGACGAACCUCCACUCGGCCUGACUUGUAUGAGCUCCUUUCUCGAUCGCUUGCCCCUAGCGUCUACGAGAUGGACGAUGUCAAGAAAGGUAUCCUCCUCCAAUUGUUCGGCGGCACCAACAAGUCGUUCCAGAAGGGUGGUAACCCACGCUACCGUGGUGACAUCAACGUGCUUCUCUGUGGUGAUCCCUCGACCUCCAAAUCGCAACUUCUCCGGUACGUCCACAAAAUCGCCCCUCGUGGUGUUUACACUAGCGGCAAGGGUUCUUCAGCCGUCGGUCUCACGGCUUAUGUUACGCGUGAUCCCGAAACCCGCCAAAUGGUUCUGGAGUCCGGUGCUUUGGUUCUCUCCGAUGGAGGCGUCUGCUGCAUUGAUGAAUUCGACAAAAUGAACGAAUCCACGCGCUCCGUAUUGCACGAAGUCAUGGAGCAGCAGACUGUAUCUAUCGCCAAGGCCGGUAUUAUCACUACCCUGAAUGCUAGAACAAGCAUUUUAGCUUCCGCCAACCCUAUUGGCAGCAAAUACAACCCUAAUCUCCCAGUUCCCCAGAACAUCGAUCUACCUCCUACCCUAUUGUCUCGAUUUGAUUUGGUGUAUCUUGUCCUCGACCGGGUAGACGAGCAAGAGGACCGUCGGUUGGCCAAGCAUAUUGUCAACAUGUAUCUAGAGGACCGACCCGAAAACGCCAGUGAACAGGAGAUCUUGCCCGUUGAAUUUUUGACGGCUUAUAUCACAUAUGCCAAAACCAAGGUGCAUCCUGUCCUGACGCCAGCCGCUGGCAAGGCAUUGUCAGAUGCGUACGUGAACAUGCGCAAACUUGGUGAUGAUAUCCGGUCGGCCGACCGCCGGAUCACCGCAACCACUCGUCAGCUGGAAUCCAUGAUCCGUCUGUCGGAAGCCCACGCGCGCAUGCGACUAUCUACGGAGGUGACUGCAGAUGAUGUUGACGAGGCCGUGCGUCUGAUCCGGUCUGCCAUCAAGCAGGCAGCCACGGAUUCUCGGACAGGCUUGAUUGAUAUGAGCUUGCUCACGGAGGGUACUAGUGCGAGCGAGAGGCGUAACAAGGAAGCUUUGAAGCGCGGAAUCCUGGGGGUGGUUGAUGAGCUAAGUGGCUCGGGUGGUGCUGCUCGCUGGGCAGAGGUCUACCGUGUUCUCAGCGAUCAGGCCAGCUCCGGUGUGGACAAUGGCCAAUUCACCGAUGCCGUUCGGGCCUUGGAGUCCGAGGGUGUCGUAAACAUUCUAGGCGAAGGUUCCCGGCGGAGUAUCCGCCGCGCAGCGGGCACGGUUGUGUAGGUUGGGG